AUGCCUCCCCCGCGGGGGCCGGGGCUGGGCCGGCGGCGGUGCCGUGUCCCGUCCCCUCCCACCGUGGAGCCAAGUUCAAACCGCGGUCCCGGCGGAGCGGGACGCGGGGCCGGGCCGCGCUCCCCGGGGCCGCCGCAGGGGCCGCGCCCGCGGGGCUCCAUGAUUUUCCCCCGGGCUCUCUCCUCUGCUGUUCUGCUGCUCCUGCUCGUGGCCGUGCUGAGCAGAGGCAGGAGGUGCAGCAUCGCCAAAAUCCUCCAGCAGUACCAUGCCGUCAUCUUCCAUGAGAUCCAGAACCUGAAAAACCUGAGUGGGUCGGUGCACAGGAGCGGGAGGGCUGGGCCGGCUUGUCGCUCGGACAAGGACCAGAAGAUCCUGCUGUCCAUCUACAACAUCAGCAUGUCCCUGAGGGAGGCGGGGGCCGGCGCCCUGCACAGCCAUGAGGAGCUGGCGGUCUGGAAGGUGGCCAGGAACACCGACUUCGUGCUCCGGGAGAACUGCAGGAAAAUCAGCAAGCACCGCCCGCAGACCCCGUUGCGCACCAGCCCGGCACAGCCCCGGCGAGGGGGACCCGGCCGCAGGAGGAAGCAGCUGCGGGAGAUCGGGAGGAAGGCGGCGAGGCUGGCCACCUGCUGGGAGAAGCUCUACGCCCUGCACGCCCCCCACCAGGCACCCCGGCGCUCGUAGGGACGCCCUCGCCACGCACGGGAGGGACGCGCUGCCCCCGCACCCGGGGCUGCCAGCGGCUCCUUUGGGAACCUGGGACAGACUCAGCCCUGAGGGCAGCGGCGUUGCCACCGGCAGAUGCCCAAGCUGAAUUCAUCCUCCUGUCCCAAGCGGUGCCCAGGGACUGGCUCUGUCGCCCGAGGUUGGGGCUGGCAGGUUGGUUUGCUGUGGGAUGGCUGCGGAGGGACCCUGCAACACCAGAAACACUGGGAAGAAGGGGAAGCACUAAAUACAGAAGGUGAGGUGUGGAUUCUGCAACGCUCCUGGGCCUGCAGCACCUGCUGCUCUCCUGGGGACAAUGGUUGCAUUUUGGGGCAGAAAGAGGACAUGUGAGACCAUGGCUCUGAGGGCUCUGCUGGAAGUGGGACUACAGUGCACCCACAAGGCUCUGAGUGUGGAUGGGCUGCGGAGGGGGACAUGUGUCCCUGUGGCACUGCUGGGACACACAGAGCAGCUGGGCACCUGCAGUGGACAGGGAAGCUGGAGUGCAUCACUGGACACCUCAGGAAACCUGGGUAGUGCCAGUGUCCUUGCUUAUACAGCAAAAUCCUAGGCAGGUGCUGGGGUUCAAGGCCAAGGCUCAGCCAUUGGGACAGGCAGCACUGUGGGGGGACCUGGCUGCUCAGCUCUGCAGGUGCAGGGAGGGGAUGGUGGGGUGUGAGGUUUGGUGAGCUGAGGACCAUCCUCCCUUGUCACCAUGCUCUGCCAGCACCCCGUUCAUGGUCCCUGCUGCCCUGUUGGGUGGCAAACAGCCUCUGGGAAGCCAGAAAUAAAACCUCUCCUUCCCUAGAA